ACUGCCAGCAGUCUGAGAGAGAGCGACACGCGGCGCAGGCGAUGUUCGCUUAAAACCUUGGGUGUCUUUUCCGCUUCAUUUACUGACUUUCUGAGUAAACGUCUUACUUUUUUUUUAUUUCAAAGAAAUGACCGGAGUAUUUGACAGAAGAGUCCCCAGCAUUAGAUCUCCAGAUUUUCCAGGCCCUUUUCAACAUCCAGCCAUGCACCACCCGUCUCAGGAGUCUCCAACUUUACCAGAGUCAACAGCUACGGAUUCGGGUUAUUACAGCCCCACCGGCGGGGUUCAUCACGGCUAUUGUUCACCUACUUCGGCUUCUUACGGGAAAGCGAUUAACGCGUAUCAGUACCAAUAUCACGGAGUGAAUGGAUCUUCUGGAAAUUACUCUGCAAAAACAUAUUCCGAUUAUACCAGUUACACCAGUGCUGCAUAUCACCAGUACGCAGGCACUUACAGCAGAGUGCAGACACAGUCAAGCCCGCCAGAAAAGGAGCUUGCGGAGCCGGAGGUCAGAAUGGUUAACGGCAAACCCAAAAAAGUCCGAAAGCCUCGAACCAUUUAUUCGAGUUUCCAGCUUGCUGCUCUGCAGCGGAGGUUUCAAAACACGCAGUACUUAGCCCUUCCCGAGAGGGCCGAGCUCGCCGCUUCCCUGGGGCUCACACAAACACAGGUAAAGAUAUGGUUCCAGAACAAGAGGUCAAAACUGAAAAAGAUCAUGAAGAACGGUGAACUACCUCCGGAGCACAGCCCGAGUUCCAGCGACCCCAUGGCGUGCAAUUCCCCACAGUCUCCAGCCGUCUGGGAGCCCCAGGGUCCUACGAGAUCACACAAUUCUCACCCGCAUCCUCAAAGCGCCAACCCUGCUGCCGCAAGCUUUUUGGAAAAUUCUGGCUCUUGGUAUUCCACUUCCAACGCUCUCAAUUCACAUCUUCAGCCCCCCAACUCACUACAGCAUUCGUUGGUUCUUGGAUCAGGGACAAUAUAUUAAAUGGCUAUUUAAUAUACCAAAUUGUCUUGGACUUGUGUUUAAAUUUUAGGUAUUAUGCAAGAUGGUCUGCGGUGUCAAGAAGACAGUGUAAAAUGUGUAAAACGUGUGCAUGUAAUUUAUUACAUUUGGAAGACAAAUAAGCAAGCAAACAAACAAAAAAAACUUAUUUUCACAACAAUGGACUGCAGUGCAAAUCUAGACACUUUCAUCGGUGCCUUGAAUUUUAUGACCUCAGCGUAAAGCAGACACUUUUUUUUCUUUCCAGCAUCAUUACACUGUACAUAACUGUAGAUAGCUGAAUUAAACUGUAUAUUCUGGUUAAAUAAAACUGACGUUAUGAAAAGAAUAUAAAAUA